AUGGCUAUGCUAGCUGUCAAACGGUGCCUCUCCCUUUCCAUCUCACCCAACAUAUCAUCCUACAGACGAUUUUAUGCCCAAGAUCUCUUCUCUUAUACUUCUGGUCGAUUUCUCUUCAAUGAAGAUCUCCGUUUGCGCGAGCGCUACGUAGAGUUCAAUCCCGAUGCCCUUCUCCGAGAAGCCGAGAAGCACCUUGGAUCUGACCAUGGGCGCGCGGCUCGCAUUACCAAAUAUGCCGAAGGCGGUUUCAAUCGAGUUUUCCUGUUGACCAUGGACGAUGGAUACGAAGUCAUUGUAAAGAUUCCAUACCGUAUCGCUGGCCCAAAAUACUAUGCAACUGCCAGCGAAGCUGCUACCUUACAAUACCUCCAUUCCAAAGCUGUUCCUGUGCCUAAAUUGUAUGGAUAUUCUUCUUCUGAAGAUAACCCUGUCGGUGUGGAAUAUAUCAUCAUGGAGAAGGCCCCGGGUGUGAGCCUCGAGAGCAGAUGGCUGAGCAUGAGCAAGCGCGAAAGACAUAGGUUUGCUUCAAGUUUUGUUGAAAUUGAAAAGAAAUUUUUCGACAUUCCUUUUGGAUCGAUUGGUAGCAUAUACUUCAAAAAGGACGUUCCUUCUGAACUUCAAGGGGCAUUGUAUGCCACCAAGGCUGGAAGCAGCCAAGCUUCAGAAGCAAAUACAUUUUGCAUUGGACCGACGGCGGAUUAUAUGUUCUGGUAUGGAAGAAGAGCUGGUCUCGAUAUCUACCGUGGACCAUGGAAUAACCCAAAAGAGUAUCUUGAAUCCAUUGCAACAAAAGAAAUUGAAUGGACCCGGCGGUACGGGAACCCAGUCGAGCUUGACUUCCCCCAUAACGGCGUCUUCCCGGGCGAGAAGCAGCCAGAGGAUUAUGUCCGUCUUCUAGAAAAAUACCUUGCGUUGGCACCAUAUCUACUUCCAAAAGACACUGAUAGUCCGCUUAAUCGGCCUACUCUUCGUCACCCAGACUUGAAUCCAAAUAACAUUUUCAUUUCACCCGAUUCUGGCGCCAUCUCAUGCAUCAUUGACUGGCAGCACACGACAAUCGAGCCACGCCUUUUAGUCGCAGGUUAUCCACGUGCCUUUGAGAACCUAGAUCUCGAACAAUCUCCCCACCUUAAAGAACCAUCGCUUCCACUCGAGUACGAAACGCUUCCGGCCGAGGAAAAGGCCGAAGCGGACGGACUUUAUCGACGACGCCUCCUCUUUUACUACUAUCGCAUUUUCAACGGCCAUUUGAACAAGCCACAUCUCGAAGCGCUGCGCGACCCAAUUCUGCUUCCUCGCCAGCAUCUUGUGGACAGGGCAGGCAGGCAAUGGAGCGGAAACUUGAUGACUCUGAAGGGAGCUUUGGUCCGCAUGGCUGAGUAUUGGCCUCAUUUGCCAGAUACAAAUGGCAUACCGUGUCCCGUGCAAUUUACUGAUGCUGAGCUGGAUGGAUUUGCAGAGCAAGAAGAAUUAUGGUUCAACCUGAAUAAACUCGUGAAUCAUUGGCGCGAGGAAAUCGGUGGUGUGAGUGAAGAUGGCUGGGUAAGUAAUGAAGCGUAUGACGACGCCGUGAGGAAAGUGGCAGAGCUUAAGGAAUCGCUUGUAGCACAGGCAGAGGGAGAUGAGGAGGAUAUCCGUCUACUGGAGAGAGGUUGGCUCUUUAGAGACCGCGAAGAGGUUGAUUAG